GACGCCUCAUUUAGUGAAGCUCGAACCCAGACAUAUGUCUACGAUCAUGCAGAGGCUCACGCAGCUGGGCAUGCGCACGUCCCGCGAAUUCCGCGUGUCCUGGAUACCUUCUCAAAGAACCGAACGUACAUUGUCAUGGAAUACGUUCCCGGGAUCACGGUUGAUGCAUGGAUCAAUCAAGCGGAACCAGGCGAGGAAUGAAAGGCAUGACGUCGACAAGCCGUCGAGAGCGUUGCAGAGGCGCUGCGUUGGUUGCUCGAUGAUAUGCCUCUUCCUGGGGAUGGGGUGCUGGGUCCAGUCGGAGGAGGGAACGUCCGUCAUUGCUUCUAUGGGCAGGAUUGGGAUGCAGAGAUGGGUUUCAAAGAUGCGAAAGCUGUGGAGCGGCACGCAAACACGUCCCUUGUUCACUCUGCCAUGAGCCCCCAUAUCACGCCAAUCAAGCUUGCAGGCGAAGAGUUACGUUGGUAUCACUCAGACGUCUCCGCUUCCAACUUUUUUAUCGAUACAUCUUCGCCCGAUGAUCAGCUUCAGAUAUGGAUGGUAAACUUCAACCUCGUGGGUGUCCUACCAUCGUCUUUUGCCAGUUACUCUAUGCAUAACUAUCGUGACAUGUUUGGCCGAGAUGUACUUGCGCUCGUUCGAGAACGAACGUCAUGUGCGAUCUCGCCAAACUUGCGGAUGAUGAGCGUUGCGUCUGGUCUCCUCGUUAUGGUUGGUGACCCGUCGCUUGGUUUGAAUGAAGAAGGACAGGACAGGGAAGGGCCAAACACCAAGCGUAUAAAACGCGCAAGGAAGAAGUUCCUUGAGAAGAAGCCAGAGUUUCGUGUCUACUUACCUGAUGUCUUAGAUUAG